AGCGCAGCAGAGACAGACCAGACCACAGACAGACCAGAGCAGAGACACAAAUCGAGGUACAGAGCAGAGCUGUACGUAUGCAGCAUGGCCGGCGACAGCGACACAAAGCCGGUGGAAACGACCGACAACCACCGGGUACCCUUCCUCAUCGGGGUCUCCGGGGGCACAGCCAGUGGGAAGUCCUCCGUUUGCAAUAAGAUCAUGGAGCUGCUGGGACAGAAUGAGAUUGACCAUCACCAGAGACAGGUGGCCAUCCUCAGCCAGGACUGUUUCUACAGAGUUCUGACCCCAGAGCAGAAAUCCAAGGCCUUAAAGGGACAGUUCAACUUUGAUCACCCAGAUGCUUUUGAUAAUGAACUCAUCAUUUCAACUCUGUGCGACAUCAAAGCGGGGAAAUCUGUUCAUAUACCCGUCUAUGACUUUGUGAGCCACUCCAGGAAGCAGGAGACUGUGACUGUGUACCCCGCUGAUGUGGUUCUCUUUGAGGGCAUCCUCAUGUUUUACUCUCAGGAGAUCAGGGACCUGUUCCAGAUGAAGCUGUUUGUGGACACUGACGCUGACACUCGCCUCUCCAGAAGAGUUCUGCGGGACAUCAGCGAACGAGGACGAGACUUGGAGAGCGUUUUGGCGCAGUAUAUUACAUUUGUGAAGCCUGCAUUUGAAGAGUUCUGUCUCCCUACUAAGAAAUAUGCAGAUGUGAUCAUACCAAGGGGAGCUGAUAACCUUGUUGCCAUAAAUCUGAUUGUGCAGCACAUCCAGGACAUCCUGAAUGGAGGUUUGACCAAACGUUUGAAUGGAUGGAUCAGUGGUUAUGGGACAAAGCAGCAGCAGAGCAUGGAGUCCAGCAGCCGGCCCCACUGAGCUAAGCCUAUUUGACAGACAGGGGGCAGUGCUGCGCAGCAGGUCUCUCAUGAGUUUGAAAACUGGUCAGAUGGGGCAAGAAUUCUGCAGUAAAGAUGAUUUAUUGUGUUUGGACUGAGUGACUGAAAAAGGGUAUAUUUUGAUUUACUGUACAUGAUUACAUACAUGUGUUGAGAUAGUUCUGAAUGUGAAGUUGAACCAACACUAGAAGCCUUUUCAGAAGCAUCUUUCAAAUGGUUGCCUCAGCACUGAAAUGCCCAGUGCCUAAAACUACUUGAAGCUUCAACUAUUCAAUAAUCCAGCAGCGCUCUCUCCGCCUUAUUCAAGUUCACUCUGUGAGCCAAACUCAAUGCAACACGCUCUGUGCAGCAAGGAGCAGUCAAUAGAUUGGGAUUGUUCAGGUUAUCUAGUAGUACUGUCUGUUUGCUUUGUCUUGUGCAAAUUUAAGUUAUUUAAUAAUGAAACAACCAAUUCUCACCUCAAUCAGAUAUCUGACAUUGUCGCCAAAGAAUCGCGCAGUUCUUUUGUGUUUGAUCUAAAAUAACAUUUUGUGAAACCACAACAGUAUUUACUUUGACUCAAACCUUCAGAUGCAAGUUUCAUGAAAAGAUUAUGUUAAAAGCAGAAAGGUACCUAGGACUGUUCUUCAGUUUCCUGUGUACAUUUGUACAUAAUGUUCUCAGGUAUGGUUUGAGUUGUGCUGUUCAGAGAACUGUAUUUACUAAAUAUGUUACAUAUUGUCUAUCACUGUCC